GGUCGGCCUUUGGGAAGGACAGACCGAGAAGGCGAGCAGGGACUUGGAGGCGACCAGGGGGCGCCGGCCGCUUGGCUGCGCUCCAGUCCAUCAGUCCGUCUUCGGCUGCGCGCUGUUCGAGCGCCCAUGAGUAGCCCUGCCGGGUCGUCUUAGGCUGCCGCGGAGUCCCCCCCGACACCGGGAGCCCCGGGCGGGGGCGCGACGCCAGGGUGGGGGGGUUAAAUGGAUCGCCAUUCCAGUUACAUCUUCAUCUGGCUGCAAAUCGAACUCUGCGCCAUGGCCAUCCUGCUCACCAAAGGUGAAAUCCGAUGCUACUGUGAUGCAGCGCACUGUGUCGCAACUGGCUAUAUGUGUAAAUCGGAGCUGAAUGCCUGCUUCUCGAGACUUCUUGACCCCCAGAACACGAAUUCCCCACUUACUCAUGGCUGCCUGGACUCUAUUGCCAACACAGCAGACAUCUGCCAAGCCAAACAGACCCAAAACCACUCCGGCACCGCUGUGCCCACAUUGGAAUGUUGUCAUGAAGAUAUGUGCAAUUAUAGAGGACUCCAUGAUGUUCUUUCUGCUCCCAAGGGUGAGACCUCAGGACAAGGAAGCCGCUAUCAGCACGAAAGCAGCCGAAAUCUCAUCACCAAGGUUCAGGAGCUGACUUCUUCCAAGGAGUUGUGGUUCAGAGCGGCAGUCAUCGCUGUGCCCAUUGCAGGGGGGCUCAUCUUAGUCCUGCUGAUCAUGUUAGCUCUGAGGAUGCUUCGCAGUGAAAACAAGAGGCUCCAGGACCAGCGGCAGCAGAUGAUUUCCCGUUUGCACUAUAGUUUUCAUGGCCACCAUUCCAAAAAGGGACAGGUGGCAAAGUUAGACUUGGAAUGCAUGGUCCCAGUCAGUGGGCACGAGAACUGCUGCAUGACCUGUGAUAAAAUGAGACAGUCAGACCUCAGCAAUGAGAAAAUCCUCUCCCUGGUUCAUUGGGGAAUGUACAGCGGGCAUGGGAAGCUGGAAUUUGUAUGACCACGUUUUACCCAAGUUAAACUGAAUGGGGGAAAAAGACAAAAACCAAAACUCUGGAAGGCCUUUGGGUUCUGCUGGACAGGAGCACUUUAUCUGAAGAAAAACGAAACAAAACUCCUUAAUUGUCUUUGAGAGAGAAAAUCACCUCUACGAAAAGAGUCUUGGAGAUUUCUUCUGAAGGAUUAUUUGCACAGAAUUAAAAUACACUCAAAUGUAUUAUUUGCUUUAAAGCUGUAAAAGCAAAAAAAGUAGAAGUUGUACACUGUCACCAGGGUUAUUUGAACUGUUGGGAGCUGGAAAUAAGUACCAAAAUAAACUGAAAUAUACAGUAGGCAAGCUCCUACGUGUUUCUUGACUUAUUGUAAAGAUUUAAAAUAUAUAUAUAUAUAUAUAUAUUUUGUCUGAAAUUUAGUGCUGUCUUUCUUAAAUUAAAGAAAAUAGUUGGAAGAUGAUCUAAUUACAGGAUUACCUUGUAUAUUUGAGGCUCUGUUGCAAGGCAUUAAUGCUCAAUAAAUGUUCUGAUCUGAUCUGUUACAAUGUUAAAAA